UAUGUGGUUUAGGUUGAUGAACAGAGACCAGAAUUCCAGCACUCGAAUUUCUCUCUCGCGUCGAUUACUCGGGAAAUCCAUUUAUCCAAACCCUAGAAGCUUCCAAUCCGCAAGAAGUUCGUGUCCAUGGGGAUUUAUUUUUGAAUAAUUUUUGUUUUGGAUCCAGGUGUUUUGUUUUUGGUUCGUUUUGUUUGUUUUUUUUCAUGUACCAAAACCCUAGUUUCAAUCUGGAGCUCUCGGAUUGAACAAAACCCUAGAAUUUGUUCUGGUGCGACAUCUAAGAUCACGUGUUAUAACGGUAAUUUUGUUUGUGGUGGACGGAUCGUGUGGGAAUUGGAUUUAUGAUUCGUUGAAAGCGCGAUUCUGUGUAGUAAUCUUGUUUUUUGGGGUUGAGAUUUAAUUGAAAGAAGUGGUAAACGGGAUUUGGAGAUUGAUAAAUUUUUGGCGAGGGAGCUUGGGUGGAUGGAGUUCACUUUUUGAGGGAUUUUGAUGCGCAUUCAGCUGGAUCAUAGAUGGGAUUGCCUCUGAGUCUGCAUUUUUAAUGCUUUCUGACUUGAAUUAGCUUCGAUCGAACGAACAAAUUUGAAGACAAGGCGAUGGAGAGUAGUUUUUAGCGUGUUGUCUGCAUUGAAUUAAUUGAUUUUCUUUAAAGAAUGAGACGGUAUAGUAUCCAAUAAAUUUCGAAUUAGCUUUGCGGUAAUCUUGGGCGGCGUUGUUGUUCAGUAAAUUGGUUCUGGUGCUGUUGAAGACUUUUUGCAUAUCGAUCCAUUGCACUGAUUAAUCUUGUCCCGAGUAAGCAAGCAGAAUGAGCCUCAAGAAGGAGGAUUUGAAGCCACACGAUCAGACUGCUACAGUGAAGCAUGAUUUGCGAAAGAAACCGAAGUUUUCUUACACGAGGGAUUUCCUCUUGUCCCUGAGCGGAUUGGAUGUUUGCAAAAAGUUGCCGAGCGGUUUUGACCAAUCAGUUAUCGCUGAAUUAGAAGAAGCUUCCUAUGAUAGGCAAAGAGUUUCUGGAGGGUUGUCUUUGAAUAGCUUUAGGCGCAAUGAGUAUGGUUCAUCACCACCCAAUAGGGCAGAAACGACUAAUUAUGCUCGUCGAAUACAUGGAAAGAAGGACAUUAAUUCUUCUGGACGGAGUGAUAAGGAUAGCGAUUCACAAUCUGACCGGGAUUCAGUGGAUUCUGGGUGGCGAUUAAGUGAUCAUUCUAGGAGGCCUUCGCAGGGUCCUGAACAGGAUGGACUUCUUGGUAGUGGUUCUUUUCCAAGACCACCUGGAUAUGCAACAGCAUUUUCGGCACCAAAAGUUCGAGCACAUGAUCAGUACCAGCUAAAUAGAAGCAAUGAGCCAUAUCAUCCACCUCGACCUUAUAAGGCUGUAGCCCAUCAACGAGGGAAUACUCAUGAUUCGUACAAUCAUGAAACUUUUGGUUCUUCUGAGUUGACAAGUGAGGAUAGAGUUGAAGAGGAAAGAAAGAGAAGAGCUUCAUUUGAGUCGAUGAGGAAAGAACAACAUAGGGCAUUUCAAGAAGGUCACAAGUCAAAUCCUGUGAAGCAGAGAGAUGGAUUUGACAUCCUAAUGCAGUUGGACGAGGCUAAAGAUGAUAAGAAACUACUGAAUACAAGCAGCGGUUUCGAUGAACCUAUCUCCUUACAAUCUUCAAAAAAUGAUCGAGAAACUUUUUUUCCAUCUCAGACAACUGUAUCUAGGCCACUUGUGCCUCCUGGAUUCACGAGCACUGUGUUGGAGAAAAACUUUGGAACAAGGUCUUCAGUUAAUCCUCGUUUGCUUGAGGGUAAGGAUGACGUCGACAAGUCUCUGCAAACCAAGGACAAGCAAUUGCAUAAUGGGUUCUCUGAAGAUUUAGAGGGAAAAAGUUCAUUAGAGCAAAUGGGUCGCCCUGAACAUUAUGGAAAAACAAGCACCAAUGCUUCUACUAACAACACUGGUGAAAAUAUUAUUCAUCUGCUUUCGGCUGUAGACAUGUCUAAUCAAACAACUGGAACAGACGUUCAAUCUCGUGAAAAUUCUUUGGAAGUUUUUGAAGCUAUUGAAAACAGUGCAGUUGAUAAUUGUAAGACUGAAAUGGUGCCAGCGAAUACAGCUGUUGGUGAAGCAAGUCAAGGCCAUUCAUCUUCAAUCUUAGAAAAACUUUUUGGCAGUACCAUAAAGUUAGAUGGCGGUGCUACUAAUUUUAUUGAGCAGCAGGACAGUGAGAAGGAUGAUGCAUGUAGCCCUCAAAAUGCUCAAUCUUCUAGAUUCGCUCAUUGGUUCAUGGACAACGAUAGGAAACAGGGGGAUGACCUUUCACCUAAAAGGUCAAUUGACUUGCUUACUAUGAUUGGAGCUGGAGAAAAGGGUGGAUAUGAUUUUGUAUCUGAUGUGAAGCAUUCUGAGCAAUCUCUGCCCACAGUUGUCUUUCAGGGUUAUGAAUCUGCAGAAAGUUAUAUCACAUCAAGUGCAACAUCAUCCAAUGUUGCAAAGACUGAGCCAUUCUAUGAUAAGAGUAAGCCGGAGGCUGUUUCUGCGAUUCUUACCUGUGAGGCCGUUGAACAGACACUGCUGUCAAAAGUUAAAGAAAAUGACUCAGCUUUGCAACCGUCUGAUCAAAGAUGGAGUCAUUCUGAUGAUGAUGUGAAACAUCCAACUGUUAAGAAUGAUGAUCUUGCAUCAUUGCACCUUCUCUCAUUGUUACAGAAGGGUUCGAGUCCAGUGAUUGCAGGAUAUGGUGAUGAUGGUGUGAGUGUAGGCUCUGCAAUUCACAAUAAAAAGGAGGAAAGUACGCACAACGUUUCAAAUCCAGGGAAGACAUUAACUCUUGAAACACUUUUUGGGUCUGCUUUUAUGAAGGAGCUUCAGUCAGUUGGAGCUCCUGUUUCUGCACAAAGGGGGGGUUCAUCAGGAUCUGUCAAAAGUGAUGUUCCAGAACCAUGCGAUCCGAUCACAGAUGAUGGUCUGUUGUCCAACAAUGAAAUUCGGCCCAGUAUGAUUAAUCACGAUCAUGGUGUUCAAAGACAGCAAAACCAACCAGAUAUAGUUCGUGGACAGUGGUUAAAUCUGAAUGGCCCUCCGCCUGGAAUGGAUUCUUCUCAUCCCCAUGCUAAGUUAGGACAUAAGAUGGGUGGCUAUGAUGGAGCAGCUGAAAUGCCCUUUCCUCAAGAGGACAGUUUAAUCAUAAGUGAUUCUAUGAAUCUUCAGAAUCUCAUGUCUAUUGGGAAUUCUGCUAGACCUCAACCUCUGUUCUCACACAACUCACAAGACAGUAAUGCUGCAAUCUUUAACCCUGCCUUCAAAGAUGAAAGGCCUAGCAUGGGAGGUCUGGAAGGGCUGCCUUUUUCAGCCAGCCUCUACGAUCGGAGGGAGACUGAAAUGCCACAAUGGAAAGCUCCGGUUCAUUCCAACUUCUCCCAGCUUCAUCCCCAACAAACGAAUAAUGUCAAGUUUCAUCAAUUUGAAUCUCAUCCUCCUAACAUGAAUUCUCAGGGAGAUAUAGCGUUGCCAGAAGGAAUGGUUCAUCACGGCUCACCAUCUAAUCAUCAAUUUGUAUCAAAUAUGCUUCGUCCUCCUACCUCCGGAUUAUCUGGAUUUGAUCAUUUGAUUCAUCACCCGAUGAUACAGCAGAUGCAAACUUCAGGCAAUCUUCCCCCACAGCAUCUUCUUCAAGCGUUAUCUAGAGGUGCACCUCUGCCUAUGACAAACAGAAGCGUUCCUCUACAUCCUCAUUCCAUCAGAGGUAGUGCAGCAACUCUCCAACCGAACAAUCAGGUUCCUGGAUUAAUGCAGGAACAAAAUUCAAUCCAAGGUUUUCAUACCGGUCAGCGUGUGCCCAAUACUGGUGGUCCCAGAAUUCCCUCGCCAGCUCCUGGUAACCAACCAGACGCAAUUCAGAGGCUCAUCCAAAUGGGACAUAGAUCGAACUCGACCUCGAAGCAAAUUCAUCCGCUUUCUGCCAGUGGUGGCCAUGGUCAGGGGAUGUAUGGUCACGAGUUGAACAUGGGUUAUGGGUACAGGUAAUAUUGUAACACUGUACUUCGAGCAUACUUGCCCAAAUCCUCAAUUCCUUGGAUAGAGAAUGGACACAAUUUGCUCCUCUUAGUAGGAUUGAGUGAGAAAUGUAAGUAAUGAAUCCUUCUUAUGCUUGUUUUUGUUGGUUUAUCUUUCGCUUA